CUUCCGUGCCACAAUCAAUGCAUAAUCCUCGACUUGAGAAAAAAGAGACAGAGAGAGAGAGAGGGAGGGAGAGCAAAAAUACGAAAACUCCAGUGGCUGCGUUAAUUAACACAUCAUGUGGACUCUGUUAUUGUCUAUUCUACUGAUGUACAUGAUACAUGAAUCUGGGACUUCAGAGGUGGACCUUUCCAAAUGUAAACUGACCAGUGAGGGGUUAGACUACAGAGGCAACGUUUCAACGACAGUUUCUGGCAGAACGUGCCAACGCUGGGACGAACAAUACCCUUGGAACCACAACUACAAUUUGAUUGGAGGGAACAGUGUGCAUGAAAACUACUGUAGAAAUCCGAUCGCUGGAGAACAGCCGACCCCUUGGUGUUACACAAUAGAUGAAAAUGUCGCAAAGGAGCUUUGUGAUAUUCCAAUUUGUGAAUGUAGAGAUACCCAGAAAGGAGAGGCGUACAUUGGGAACACAUCUCACACGGUGGAUGGAAGUCAGUGUGUGAGAUGGGACAGCGUAAACGAAACUGAUUCAGAUUAUCUCAAUGUUAAAUACCUGAAAGGAAGGAAAGGUGCCCAUGAAAAUUUUUGUAGAAAUCCGAACAAUGACACGGCACCCUGGUGCUAUACUGCUACGGUUGGUGGAUCCUGGAAUUACUGUAACAUUCCCUUUUGUAAAAGGAGUAAUGCAGAAUGUCUUAGAAAUCCCAAUGGAUUUGAUUAUUUUGGAACCGAGAAUAAAACUGUCGACAACAUAGAAUGCCAAUGCUGGGAUACAGUGGAACCACAUAAACAUAAUUUCUCGAAGGGAUUCAUGGGACUGUCUGCCUCUGAACAUGAAAACUAUUGUAGAAAUCCUAACGACGAUCAAAAGCCCUGGUGCUACACCGUUAAUAGUACAAUCAAGUUUCAGUACUGCAACAUUCCAAAUUGUCCGGAACGUGACUGUAGGAUCACAGAAAAAGGUAUAAAUUAUAGAGGAAAACAGCAAACGACUCGAGACGGGAUCCAGUGCCGACGUUGGGACAGCGUUGAGAACCUACCAUACAGUUUUCCAGCAGCUUCGGUUUCCGCUCAGGAAAACUAUUGUAGAAAUCCGGAUCAUGACUCUGCCCCAUGGUGCUUAACAGUGCAUCCUAAUAUAUGGUGGCAGUAUUGUGAUGUUCCUUUUUGUUUUAAUGAUUCCUAUUCAUGUGUUUUUUCGAAAGAAAACUGUUCCUUCGAACAGCUUAAUAACAACGCGACUGAGUGGGUUCUUGAAACAGCAGAGGAGCAAACAACACUUGUUUUAACCAUCACCGAGAAUAUGACAUCUUUACAAAAUGUAUUACCUUCAUUGAGAUUACCCAAAUUGCGAUUCACAAAAACCGGAAGUUGUUUACAAAUGAAUUACCGCAGCCAUGGAAUAUGUCUGACUAUUAGAACUGAUAAAAAGAAUUUCACUUCUCUUUCUGGCAGCGAGGUGUGGAAGUUCAUAAAAGUUAACAUUGACAACUCAGAGGAUACUUACCAGAUAAUUAUGACACCAACUCCUAUUACUUCAUCAGGGGUUUUUGCCAUAAAGAAUAUAUACAUAAGUAACAUAUCCUGUGAAGAUUGCUUCGCUUGCUUGAAUGAUGGGUCUUGCAUUGAGAAUGGAAAAUUUUGUGACAUGAGUAUGGACUGCCUCGAUAACAGCGACGAAGAGAACUGUGUUCUGGAGUGUUACAAUGAAAACAAAUAUGAAGGGUUUAGAAAAAAAACUAAAUUUCUUCACCAGUGUGCUGAUGAUGGUACGUGUAAAUUUAACUCCCAAAGCAAAGGAAAGCCGGGUUGUUUCAUUUAUUCUGGAAAACAGUGGGAAGACUGCAGCGUUCCAAAAUGUAAGGUAGAAAGUUUAAAAUGUGAUUUUGAAAAUGAUAUGUGUAAUUGGAAGUUUCCAGAGCAUGGAGUGAAAUGGAAUCAGCACCAAUCUGAAAUAGAUGACGAAGGAGUUGUUUCGGCGAAAUUUCUAACUACAAGUAGCAAUGAGGGGGAAAAAGCUGUUUUAUACAGUGCACCACAGCCUGCAUCGUCUGACACUGGUUGUUUAUCAAUGUCUUACUUAGGACAGAAUGUCCGCUUACAACUCUAUAUAACCCAAGGCACCCAAUACACACGAAACAAAACGGUCUUCGAACGACGGGAUGUUGAUUCCAAACUUUUUACUAAAAAAAGCAUUCAGACACCAACAAAUACUCCGUAUAUGGUUAUCUUGGUUAUAACGCCCAAGGCAAAUCGAUCAGGCACAAUAGAGAUUGGAAAAAUAAGUUAUGAAAAGGGCAUUUGCGCAGACAAAGACCCAUGUAGCAUAACCCAGUUUCAAUGUGAUGAUGGCAGUUGCAUUUCUGUUGGUGACUUUUGUAAUGGAUUAACUGACUGUCCUAACCAGGAAGAUGAAUCAACAUGUAAAUACAACAACAAGACGUCGUGUUUAGAGUACACCAGUGGUUGUCUAACACAUUGUCCUGCUCACUGCCAAUGCGAUGGAUUCAAUUUUAAAUGCAGUUUCCCGGAAAACGUAGCAAAAGAAGUCAGGGUUCUCGAUUUAAGUUUGAAUUCAUUUAAUAUGGAAAGCCUUGAAAACUUUGGCAUGCUUGUGCACUUAAAUCUUUCAAGAUGUCAUCUGUCUGAUUCAUCACUUAAAGGUUUCGGAAUACGAUUAAAUUCGUCGAACCUUCAGAAUUUGGAUCUGUCAUACAACGAUAUUCGAAAUCUAGAAUUGAAAUCAUUCGAUGGAUUGCGAAGUUUACUAUACUUAAAUAUAUCAUACAAUCAACUCACGGCUCUUCAAAUGAGUUUCGUUCAGUCCACUCCAAAGUUAAGACAUUUGAUUAUUACUAAUAAUAAAAUUAAAACAAUUACGGAAAGCAACAAUCGACUCAGUUCAAGUCUAGAGUUGUUAGAUUUACAGAACAACAACUUGAUGACUAUUCAACCCAGUUCGCUUUAUAGGCUGAAGUCUGUCUCAAAAAUAGUUCUGCGCAACAACAAUAUCACAAAUACCGGCUUCUAUUUUUCAACAUCAAUGGAAAUGCUAUAUGAAUUAGAUCUAAGCAAUAAUGUUAUUGAAGAGAUUACUGAUUAUAUGUUUAAUGGGUUAAACAGAUUAAGAUAUCUUAAUUUACAAAAUAACCUAAUUGCAAUAUUAAAUGGAUUCUCAUUUUCAACGCUAAACUCUUUGCGUACAUUGAAUCUUGCUUUUAAUCAGAUACAUGUCAUUAAUAAAAUGACAUUUGAAAAUCUAGUGUCGCUUACAAAAUUAAAUCUAACCGGUAACAAAUUACAAAUUAUAACUCCAAUAAGAUUUGUUCCCUUAGUAAAACUUCAGAUUUUGGAUUUGUCGGGUAACGGUUUAGAGAACUUGGAAUACGACGCAUUUAAAGGACUAGAGUCAGUUAAGUAUUUAUUCAUACACAAUAACGAACUAACAGUUUCCAGGAAAAUGUUCCAAGGCCUCUGUAAUCUUGAAUGGAUGCAAACAGAUUCUUAUAUCAUUUGUUGCGCAAAGCCCUUGACCGUUGAUUCAUCCAAAUGCAUAUCGCAACGGGAUAGUAUUUCGUCAUGUGAACAAUUGAUAAAUGUUGGGUUUCUUGCCCAGAUGAUUUGGUACAUGGCUCUAUUCUCUGUGAUUGGAAAUGCAUAUGUUAUAUACUAUCGCAUUCAGGGAUCAACUAUAGGCAACGUUUCACAAGGUGGCUUUGUCUUGCAUCUAAGUGUUUCAGAUUUUUUAAUGGGUGUGUAUUUGUUCAUCAUAGCCAUUGCCGAUCUGGAGUAUCGAAACAUCUAUGGAUUUAACGAUGGUGAGUGGAGACAUAGCACUACCUGUACCAUAGCAGGAUUCCUGGCUACAACAUCUAGUGAAGCAUCAGUGAUUUUUAUAUUUUUCAUAACCAUUGAAAGAUACCUCGUUUUGAAACUUCCAUUUUCUGCGGGACUUGUUAAAAAAAGACGAGUGAUUCUCUUUGUCUCAUUUGUUGCUUGGUUGGUUGCUAUUUCGUUUUCCCUAAUACCCGUAUUGGUUUACCCUGACUUCUACAGUAGAUCCACUGUCUGCAUAUCCUUGCCUUUAACACCAGAAAAGACGUCUGGUUGGGAGUAUUCAACCUUUUUGUACAUUGGAUUCAACAUGCUUCUUUUUAUGGCCAUUCUGAUUGGUCAAUUGCUGAUCUAUAUACAUGUCAAACAAAUGGGAAAGAAAAUAAACAACGACAAUUCAAAACGGGAAAUGGCUGUUUUUAAAUCUCUGUCGUAUGUUGUGUUGUCAGACACAUUUUGCUGGAUUCCAAUCAUAAUCAUCGGACUUUUAGCCAGUGGAGGGGUGGAUAUUUCGUCGGACGUGUACGCCUGGGUCAUUGUGCUCGUACUACCAAUCAACUCGGCACUAAAUCCCUUCAUAUAUACGUUCAGUAUGAUCUACAGACAGAAAACGAGAUCUCAGAAAAGCUCCAAUAUCACUUUGAUGGGAGGAACAACUGAAAAUCAAGAGAUCCGCAAAUAACAAAUAGUGACAGACAUUUUUUUUAAUCAUUCGUUUCAAUUAGUUUUUGUGGAAAAAGUGGUGAAUUUAUGAACUUUUGUGUGUAUGUGCAGGAUUUUUUUUCAGCAGAUGUGUUGUCAUUUUAAAAUAUCUUUAUGGAUUCAAUCAUAUUCAAUGAAAUAUGUUUAAUUUUUCGAUAAAUAUAGAACGACAUAUGUUAAAAAGAGAUUUUUUAAAAAUUAAUAGUUGGCAUUUAUUAAUCAUAUAUCAUUAGUUUUACGAUGAUAAGACUCAGAAGAAAGGUUUCCGUAACAAAACACAUUUGCCACAUUUUGUGUAAAGUUUUAGUUUUGGACUAUUCUUAACAAUAUCUAAAUAACCCCUACCUGAUUCCAUUACGCACAUUUGCUUUUUUUAUGAAGGAACUUUAAGUACGUACAAAACAGAAAGAAGAAAAGCCUUUUACACAUACAUGUAUUUACCCCUUUAAUUUCUUUUCUCUCUUCUGCACAAGUCAAAAUGGGCGGAAGUUCUAUGCAAACCUGAGAAACAAGUGUUACAUGUACCUAGUGUGUAUGCAUUAUUGAAAUACAAAGUGAAUUACAUCCCAUGCAUCUA